AAUUUCUGCCGUCUAAUCCAUUCAUUUUGAGCCACCUAGUAUUCCGACCUCAAUACACGCUCCUCGAUAGGCAUCCGACCAACUACCAAACUACCCUGAUUACGAUCGUUACUACUUUGAAUACCUACUGAGAUCCGGCUGCCUUACUACUGGAGAGUAUGCAGUCGAAGAGAUAAUCCAAAGACAAAACUCCCACGGUCAUUAAGCGUUAAACCAAAACCAACACAUUCUCUUCGCGCCAUACUAUCUACUUAAUAAGACGACUAAGCUCCAAGCUUGAUUGUUACCUUACUUGCUUGAUUGACCAUAAUCAGAGGGCUCGCCCUCGACAGUCCAUCGCGAUGUCGACCCGGUCUAUUUUUAAGGUAGCCACUGUGCUGCUCUCGGCUGUCGCGUCUCCCGUCGUUGGCCAACUCACCACCGCUUGUAAUCCCCUGAAUGCGACUUGUCCAGCAGACCCGGCCUUGGGAACGACGCAUACUUUCUACUUUAACGCUACGCCGCCUACGGGUACGUUCAAUACGACUGCUGGAACCGUUGGCUAUAACUUCGACACCGGGGCUGCUUUCACGAUUAACAAGAAAGGCGAAUCGCCAACCCUAAUAUCGAACUUUUAUUUCUUCUUCGGCAGGACAGAAGUGCACCUGAAAGCCGCACCUGGCACUGGAGUCAUUAGCUCAAUCGUAUGGUCUUCUGAUGUUCUCGAUGAGGUGGACUGGGAAUUUAUGGGAGGGAAUACCACGCAUGUGUCUACGAACUAUUUCGGAAAAGGAGUGCCCGACUUCCACAAUGCGCAGUACCAUCCAGUCAAUGGUGGAGUUCAGGCCGACUACCAUAAUUACACUUGCGUGUGGACUAAGGAUCAGCUCGAAUGGUAUAUCGACUCACAACAUACCCGCACGCUCCUCGCGAAGGAUGCCAACAAUACGCUAUACUAUCCCCAAACACCCAUGAAGCUCAGUCUUGGUAUCUGGGCGGGUGGUGACCCGGACCAGCCUAAAGGCACGAUCGAGUGGGCUGGUGGUAUUACGGACUACGCCGAGCCGUACACGAUGUACGUGAAGAGUGCUCUAGUACAAGAUUAUUCUACAGGAAAAGAGUAUUCUUACGGAGAUAAUAGUGGAACUUGGGAAAGUAUUAAGAUCGCUAGUGGCAAUUCAACCGCCGUUGAGAACAUCAAUAGGGAGCCAGAGAAGUCGCUUUCCGAAAAAUGGAACGAUCUACCAUCUAGCACGAAGAACGGCGUUUACGCCGCAGCCGGUGGAGUGGGCGCCAUCGCUUUCAUUGCCCUCGUUGUCUUUGGCCUGAGACAGAGACGCCGCGGUAAGCAGGAGGCAGCGUUAGCAGCACAGCGCCAAGAACAGGAACGAGUUGAGUUGGAGAGAUUCAAGAGAGAAGGAAGAGACCCCGACGCGUUGGCCUUCGACGGGACUGAAUAUAAAGGCGCGAUGGCUACAGCCGCGUAUGCCGUGCCCGACUCACCUCCUGGAAGUUCUGCGGGUCCACCUGAGAAAGCGUGGGACCCAACUGGCCCGGGUGCUGCCACUGCUGCCAUGCCGCUUCUUCGUGAUGAUGCGAUGAGCCAGCGCGUUGGCGGCCCUGCGCCAAGUUCGGUCGGACCACAACGAAACAAUAGUUUUCCCUCGCCGAUCCACACGCAGAGCCCCGGCCAAUCACCUCAGAUCCCGGCCCCUACCCCUAUAUCGCCCGUGAAUCGGACUUUCUCGCCUUCUAACGCUUCGAUGCGGAUGGGAUCCCCAGGACCUCAAGCUGGCGGGUACGGAUCGCCCAGAAUAAAUAGCCCUACAUCCCCGAGACCAGGUUACGGACGAUGAUGACGACCGAGUCAUUAGCAGUUGAAUAUUAUGAGGAGGUUUUAUUUUAUUUUUCAUUUCCCGCGGACGAGGAUCAACUAGACAGGUCUAGCCAAUGACUAGAGAGAGGUAGCUAUAGCUCGGGCUUUGCCGAGAAGUUGGAAAUGUGCUGUGAAGGAGAAGACGCAGAUACUCAUUCCAUCUUCGGCUGGCAACGAUAGGUUUACGAGAUCUUUAAUCUUCGAAUACCCGAUAUUUGGAUAUACAAGAAUUUUGUUUGAUAUUUUAGGUGCUAUGAUGUAAUGCGAUUUUCUGCACCUAAUCUCUAGCGGCUCUAUAUGUACCUAUGUUCUUGUUGGAUAGGUAGCUACCUAAUCAAGGGAAUCUUAUAAUUACUAAUUUGGCGCAAAUAAGGUAGUACCUAGGUAGUGAUCCGCGAAA